GCGGUAGUCAAAGGUUUUCGCUGUAUGUGGUCGUGACUUCAGCCACCGUGGAAUUAAAAGUGACCCAGUGACUUAAUAAUAGAUACUUGUGAAUUGCCGUGGAAACUACAACACGUACUGUUACGCCAGCAAGUUUCCCCAAGAUAGAUUUGUGGAACUAAGAAGAAACACCCAAAGACUACUACUACUACUUCUUGUAUCGAGGGAAUUUAGCCACUGCAGGAAACGUCCGUACACUGGCUAUGUUUUGCAUGGCUGAUAACAAGGACUGGAGGAAAUGUCAGACAGAAGUGAAGGAUUUCCAGCAGUGCAUUUCGGACUAUAACAAGAAUAAAUCAAAAUAGUUUCAGUCUUUCUGACAUCGAGUGUUUCCGAGAGGCCUGUGUGAUUGACUGAAACAUUGUGCAAAAAUACAAGAAAGACAAUGGAGGACCUAGAUGGAGGGCAUUCAACUGCUAAAUACUUAAACAUUCAAAAAAUUAGUCUUAUGGUGACUAGUUUUUAGAGGCUCAUUUUGGAAAGAAGGAUUAAUACUGUGAUCCGAGUGAAGAACCUCAUCGUUACUGGACCCAGCAAGUUGGUGCUUGUUGUUCGGCACGAUUUGAAAAUGGGAAAAAGGAAAAGGGCGAUUUCAGAAGGGAAAACAGCAGCCCAGUGUAGCCAUGCCACAUUAGCAUCCUAUAAGAAAAUGCAGAAGCUAAACCCUCACAUCCUGCAAGCCUGGGAGGACCAUGGUCAGCCGAAAGUUGUUGUACGAGCAACUGACCUAAACCACAUACACCAUUUGUCACAGGUGAGUAAAUUUUCUUCUCAUUCUUAAGGUUCAUUAAUGGUAGGUACACUUGUACCAUUUCUAAUCAUAAUAAAGGUAAAAAGAG